AUGCCUGCAGGAGUCUUCGUCCCUGGAAAAACUCAGUCGAUGCCGAAACCUACACCUACACCGACACCGACAUCUUCCGCCAACAUUCUGCCAAACCCUGGUGUGUCCCGCGACGGUGAGGAGUAUUCCAUGUGCAGACAGAAACGCGGUGUGGCCAUGAUCUUCAGCCAUGAGAACUUCGACUCUAGGGCAUACGACGACGAGCUACACCAACUUCCGGAUAGGAAGGGUACACAUAUCGACAGAGACGCACUCCGCCACACUUUCGAAGACCUUGGCUUCGAUGUCCGCUGUUUCGACGAUCUGUGUUAUUACCAAAUAAAUAACGAACUCAGAGGGGUGGCUCACCAGGACCACAGAAACUACGACUGCGUCGCAGUGGCGGUGCUUACCCACGGUGAGAGGGACGGAAAGCUGCAUGCCAAAGACCGGGACUACUACGUCAGCGAGCUGUGGGAGCCGUUCACAGCCAGGCAGUGCCCCACUCUCGCCGGGAAGCCAAAGCUCUUCUUUAUACAGGCGUGCAAAGGAGAUGGCCUCGACCAGGGCGUCAACGUCAGCAGCACUCUACGAGAUGUCGCGGACAGUUCACCUGUGGCAUUCAGCUACCCAGUGCCUUCUUAUGCCGAUAUCCUCGUCUCCUACUCGACAUUCGAAGGUUUGUACUCCUACCUCAACACAAAAAACGGUUCAUGGUACGUGCAGACACUGUGCUCCCAUCUGAAAGAGCACGGCAAAACUAUGGACCUCAUGUCGUUGCUCACUGAAGUGAAUCGCGUAGUGGGUCAGGAGUUCCGUGUCAAGAACAAGUCGGAGCCACGCCUGCAGGGCAUGGUGCAGGCUCCAUCCUUCACGUCGUCUCUGACGCGGCGCCUCCGCUUCCGGUAGGGUGGCCAUCCCUGCCGUCACUGCCCUCGACUCGCCACUACAGAUAGAGUCUGUCAUAUCACGGAGGACAGUCUCCGCAAAAUCAUCGUCAAAUAUCUCACUGUUUGAUAGAUUACUUGCUAUUUCUGAUUGAAUUUAGCUCGUUUUGUGGAACU